GGAUCUCAAACAGCCGGGAAGAGGCACUGUGGCUGCUACCAUCUGCUCUCCGCGCCUGACCCCUCCCAGGACUCGUGAUGCCAAGGCCGCUGCGAGCGGCUACGAAGAGUCGGGGUUGAGCCCCAGCUGAGCCGAGGGCUCGCACUCUUCUGGUCUCCCAGGCCCAACCCACCUGAAGAAAUGAGUGGUGGAUUGGCUCCAAGUAAGAGCACAGUGUAUGUAUCCAACUUGCCUUUUUCCCUGACAAACAAUGACUUGUACCGGAUAUUUUCCAAGUAUGGCAAAGUUGUAAAGGUUACCAUAAUGAAAGAUAAAGAUACCAGGAAGAGUAAAGGGGUUGCAUUUAUUUUAUUUUUGGAUAAAGACUCUGCACAAAACUGUACCAGGGCAAUAAACAACAAACAGUUAUUUGGUAGAGUGAUAAAAGCAAGCAUUGCUAUUGACAAUGGAAGAGCAGCUGAGUUCAUCCGAAGGCGAAACUACUUUGAUAAAUCUAAGUGUUAUGAAUGUGGGGAAAGUGGACACUUAAGUUAUGCCUGUCCGAAAAAUAUGCUUGGAGAACGUGAGCCUCCAAAGAAGAAAGAAAAAAAGAAAAAAAAGAAAGCUCCUGAACCAGAAGAAGAAAUUGAGGAAGUAGAAGAAAGUGAAGAUGAAGGGGAGGAUCCUGCUCUUGACAGCCUCAGUCAGGCCAUAGCAUUCCAGCAAGCCAAAAUUGAAGAAGAGCAAAGAAAAUGGAAACCCAGUUCAGGAGGCCCCUCAACAUCAGAUGAUUCAAGACGCCCAAGGAUAAAGAAAAGCACAUAUUUCAGUGAUGAGGAAGAACUUAGUGAUUAAAAUCUUGCCCUAGCACAGUAAUAAAAAUCAAGAUUUGUUAGUAACAAUCUUGAAGAGCUAAUUUUAAUAAAAAUAAGAAAAGUUAAUACUAUCAUGUUAAUACUAUUAUUGUCAUCCCAAGAAAAAAGAUAUUUUAAAAAUUUAUUUGAAAAGAUCAUUAUAAGGGCUUUAUUCAUGCCUGAUUUGUUUACAUGAGGACUUCUGAAAUUAAUCCUUAAAACAAACUUCCUGAAACUGAAAAGUUGAUUGAUUUAUUGUUACUUAUGUUAAUAAACUUUUCAAGAGAA